AUGGCCGAAACCUCAACUACUGGUCUAAUUACCAACCAGUUUGUUUGUCAAGUAAGUCUUUAUCAACAUUUUGAUUGAAAUUUUGUUAUAGGUACUGUUGGAAGCUAUUUUGGUGCUUUUGGGUUUACUUUUUAAAGCUUGGGAGUCUGAUGUUGUCUAUGACAUGUUUUGUUACCUAAAAUCUUUAUGGGUUUAAAAGUACUUUUGAUUGGCAAACUAGAGCUUUUUUUCUAUUAUUUAACUAAAAAUAAAAGAGAUUUCUCUUUUUGGGCAUCUGAAAUUUGGUAAUGAAAAUUUUUUUGUUACCUAAAAUAUAUUUUUUUUAUUUUUAAAGAAAGUUUUAUAAAUUUUUAAAGCUACUGUUAUAUCAUUAAAAUAACCUCAUUUUCAGACUUUAACAAGCACGAACAAUGUCGUAAAUAGUAUAUUAAAAGAGGCAGAGAAGGCGCUAUGUGUAGCGUUACCCAUGUCCGAGAAUGUGAUACAAGAAGUGCUACAAAAGUACAAGGACCCUUUUAAAUGUAGUGCAAGUAUAUUUAAUGAUACUUCAACGUAAGUUUUGGUUCUUAUAGGUUUUUUAGCUUUGUGUUAUGUUAGGGGGAAAACUUGGCAUGGAUAAUAUCUGAUGGUUUUGGGCUGAAAAAGAGCUGAUUUUGAUGUCGAAUCGUGUUUAUUUUGAUUUAUUUGUAUUAUACUGAAAAAUAAGAGGUCCUGUCUAUGUUAUUUAUUCAAGUUUUCAAAUAAUUAUAUCUAAAAUGUCAUUUUAGAGCCCAAACCCGUCUCCCAAUAAGGAUAAAGACCCGUCGUGGAGCCAAAGAGAAGCAAGAAGGUGUAUUUGCGACCAAUGUUCGUGGGAAUAUUGGCUCGAAGAACCUCGAAAAAGCUUGUAAGUCCCAAAAUUUGGUACCAGACCAGAUGAUGCUGGUCGAAGUGCGAAGGUUCGAACGAGAUCUGGACGAGUACUGCACAGUACCACCUUGUGACCUACCUUUCAUUGAGAUACAACAAGGUGUCAAAUAUGAACUUGUCUUCGAAGAUGUAAGCUUUUGAUAUAUUUUUGAGGUUGGGACUGUUUUUGGUACUGUUGGUACUACUUUUUCAAAAUUGGGCUAAUUGGUAACAUUUUUGAAGUUUAAAAUUUUCAGAUUUAUGAGCAAAAAUUCGAACAAAAACCUCAAAUACCUCAUGGUACUAAUGGCCUGAUCAACAUUCCAAUCCACACCAGCUCACCUCAUCCCGAAAUCAUUCAACUAAAUGUAAGUGGUACUAAUUGGUACCUUUAACGGGUUUAUAGUAUUUUUAAAGUUUUUUCCUAUUAAAUAGAGCUAUUCGUAAUGAAUAGUACGGAAAACGGGUUUUAUUUUAUUUUGGUACUAAUGGUACCAUCUUGCACCACAAUACUAUAUUUUACUAUUACAGUCAAACUCGCGCCCACGAAGUGCCGAACUUAAUCAAUCGGUCGUCAACACUCCCUACAACACUGGAGCCUCGAUAUCCACCCCCAAAGAUGGACAAUUCACGCCGAACAGAACAACCCCCAAGAACACUAGUCACAUUGGUUCGGUCUCAAAAUCUGCCGCCGCCAUCAGAGAGCUGGAAGCUUUGAAGGAACUACCUCAAUUUGACAUACUCGAUGUGAUACGAAACGAUCCGAAGGGAAAAAUGGUACUAGAUGCACUAAUGACAGAAGGAAUCAAAAGAACCGGAAGGCAACGAGUAUUCUUCGUUCAGAUUCUUGGGAAAUACUUUAGUGAAGUACUGAAGCCUCAGUUGUGGUAAGGAUUUUAGAAAAUUGAAAAAAGAAUUAUCGACCGGUCGAUAAUUUUUUUGGAAAAGUUUUGGUUUCCAAAAACGUUAGAAUUAGAGCUUUGAUGACUUUUUAACUUAUAAAAUUGCCCAGUUUGACAAAAAAAUUAUCGACUGGUCGAAAAAUUUUAUCUUGAAAUUUUUAUUUUUUUAAUUUUAAUUUCACCUAAAAUACCUAAUUUACUCUAUUUUUAGUGUCGCCAAUGCCGCAACUCGUCGCGCCUUCAUCGAUGAAUGCUUCUCUCAACUCAGCGCCGUCUCCAACUUCCUACCUAACGUUGAAGACUACUCGAAUCGAAUGGGCAACGGCUUCCUCGAUAUUUACCUAAAACAUCAAGUGACCAGGGAGCGCAAAAAGGCUCAACAAAAGCUGAACGAGAAGCAGGAUAUCAUUGGAAUGGACUUUGAAAAGAUUGGGCUACAGAAUGGAAGCGAUUUGGCUACAUUGUUGAUGAACUUGCCACAUGAAUCACCGAAAUAUGAAGAAGAGAUUCAUAUUGAUCCGCAUAGUGAAGAAGCGGCCCAGUUAAGGAAGUUUAACUUCAAUGGACCGUCGAUAAUGGACGAAGAGGAGGUGGAUUUUAAAAUGGAAGAAAGUUUUUGA